GCUUUGCUAGUCUGCUUCACUAUAUGCUCGAAACCCCGCGAAACGUCCCUUCCAUCUUUCAAGUUUCAUCCUCCUCUCCCUGUCUUCCUUACCAUCCUAAAUAACUCCAAUUAUCAAUUUCACCAAAAUUCCACUAUUGCUCAAGCUCUCGUCCAUUGAGGUAUUCUAACAAUGUCAUGAAACCAAAAGAAAUUCAGGAUAAUGGUUUUUAACGACUUCAUUCGACGGAGACUCGCUUCUCUACUGCAGCCGUGGUUGAGUGACGAACCGGACCUCGGCCUUAAGCUAGGGUUUCUCCGUUCCACCGGUACGGUGAAGAAUCUCAACUUUAACACUUCAGUUCUCAAUCAAUUACUCGACGAGUCCACUUGCUACCGUUUCAAGGAAGUUGCCGUCGAUGAAUUAAGCCUUGGAGUUUCCUACUGGUCUUUCCCUGCCUUCAUCCUCCGAGUCCGUGGCCUCCGCAUAACUCUAUCAGUAGGGGAAGAGGAGGAGGAAGGAGGAAAUGAGAGAAGGAAAAAGAAGCCGAGAGAUACAUCAGUGGAGGAUAAGAAGAAAGUUCUUGCUGAGAUUGAUCCCGUGGGCAGUGCUUUGCAUGAUGCCAUUGCACAGAUUUCACAGAUUACUGUCGGAAGUCGGAAAGAUAAUCUAUUGACUGCCUUCCUUAGACAUUGUCAGUUGCAGAUAAAUGAAAUUCAUCUUCUCCUGUUGCCUCCUAGUUGUUAUGAUCCAGUAUCAUGCUUGUUGAAGAUAAAGGAGGUUGGUGUACAGUCUAAAUGUAAUAGACAGAUAUGUUUUUUUGGAGGGCUCAUUAGUUCACUUUUUAUCCCUUCUAGAAAGUGUUCUUUUGGCCUUGACCUUAGAGAUGUUGAGCUUGGUCUACAGAGUGAAAGUAGCAUCAGCUGUGUUAUUUCUCCGACGGAUAUGUUUAUUUCUUUUAAGCUAAAAGAUCUUCAGAUCACAGAUUCUGCUCUCUGUCUUCCAGCGUUAAAAUUUUCCUUUUCUCCAGCAGAUAUAUAUGUUAUAUCAUUAUUCUCUUCAUUAUCAUGCAAAGAACCCCACUAUGUUAGAACUGGUAGGCAACUAUGGAGAAUAGCAGCGAGCAGAAUUAGCUCUCUGAUUCCUAUCCCUAAGCUUUCUUGGUAUAGAGUUGUUAUCUUUGUAAAACUCUGGUUGUACUAUUUACACAUUUAUGAGGAUAUGCUUUUACUGAUUGGAUAUCCCGUCGGUGAUAUAGUAAAAAAAUCGUCUACUAUGAUGUUGUCUGAUAAAACAUAUUCAAGAUCUGUUAAGAACCAUUGGGAUGUAAUUUCUGAAUGCGAGGAGAAGCUGCCUGCAGAGGUGAUUGCACAAGCACGACAUAUAAGCCGAUACAGAGCAUCAGAAAGUUCUCAAAUGGUGAAGCAAAAAUGUGAUAAGCCACAAGUCAAGAGACUUUUGUGGAAGAUUUAUCAACUUCUAGCCCUUAUUUGGGCUAUCACUUCCCAUGUCUUACACUCAGUUGGACGAUUGCUCCACAUACUGAGAGUUCUUAGCCAUUUGGCUAAUCAGCCAAAAUCUGAUCAACGUUCCAAGAGUGUUCCUGAUGAUUCUUUUCCAAAAACUUGCUUCAGUCUAAAUGUUGGGAAAUUCUCCAUUUCAGUCUCUCCUGAAAAGAAUGUUCUGUCUUCCGUCAGUGGGUUACCACUCUCAGCCCUUAGAUUCUCCUUUGAUGAUUUAAGUUCAUUUCUCAUUUCUUCUGAUGCUAUCAUCUUGACAUACCUUAAGAAUAUUUCUGACCAGCACUUGAUGUUUGCUUGUGGAUGUGUAAAGGUUGUUGCUGAAUCUCUUAAGGAAGAUCAGUCAGGUCUUAGUAGUACUAGGUUGACAGAACAUCAAAAUAACAAGAUUAUUGAGCCACAGGAACUUUUAUGGUGUGAACCUAUUGAGAUGAUUAAUAAUCAUGCUGAUGACACUGAAGGAGCUUCUAUCCCACUUCUAGAAUUUCUUGUGAGAAAAUUGUGGUUGAAUUGGAAAAUUGCUUGCUCUAGCUUUGAAGGUGAUGAGUGUAAAAUUCCAGAGGCUCCAUGCUUUCUUUUUGAGAAUAACUGUUCUUUGAUUGGUCAAAGUGCCAAGAAUCCUACGUAUGGGAGUUGUGAAGUGUUGAUGGUGGUUGGAAGAUCAAACUUUGUAUUGAAGACCUCAUCAUUUUUGUCAUCAGCUGUGAUCUAUCUACAGAUUCAGCAGGCUCUUAGGAGGAUGAGUUGCAGAAAUGGGACAGAUGGCGAUCUACAUCUUAAAGCAACCUGUGAGCAUUUACCUGUGGUUGAUUUAAGUCCUAGAUACAAGUCUGUUUUAUGCCAAAUUGAAACAGCAAUGGUUAAACUGGUUCCACAAAAAAAAUUUCAAGUUGGUAUGAUGAUUGCUGGGCCCAGAAUUAGGCUUUUGUUUGAUACACAGGGGUUUCUUGGUGAAAAUGCAGAUUUAUAUUCUAUAACCAAGAAAGAUGAAUUAACACUUGUAUUUGAUGUUGACGACAUUAAACUUGUGGUUUCACCAAAUCUUGCAUCUAAUUCUAAGGUAUCAACUGGGUUGACAGUCAUUUUUGAUGGGGCACCCAGUGGUCUUAAAUUAGAGGAGCCUCUAAACAUUGACAUUCCUAAUUCAACUAAUCAAAUUUAUUGCUGUCAAGAGGGUGUUUCACAUAGUGCUUAUUUGAAAGUCAAUGGAUUGAAAGCUUGCUUUGGUGAAUUAUGUAAUAAUCGACUCCAACAAAUUGUCACAUUGAGUUCAACAACUGUUCAGGCGUCCUCAUCAAGCAGGAAGGAAUCUUGUUCACUUGGUUCAACAAUUAUUGCUCUCUCUACGGCUUUGCAUUGGAUAGCUCCUGGGAUCACUGCUGUAGUGUUUCUGGAUGAGUUAUCUGUUUUGGUUAAGGUAGUUUGCAGUUUAUAUUAUGAUGUGUCACAUGCAUUAACCUUCUUUGGUUCAAGUCAUCACAGAAGUUGUCAAGAACUACUAAGGCCACAGGUUGCAUGUGCCUCUGAUGAAAAUGAGGAGACAUUAGUGAAUAGAAAAGAUCAGAUUCCUUCUGCUUGUAUGGAUGCCAUCUUUGGUUUUAGAAGCAUUUGUGAACUGGAGUUCAUGGAUGUAGUUGUAUAUAAUUCCAGGAAGAGCCAUAACACCGAGGACCACAUUAUAGAAUCUGAUGAAAUAACGAGAAGAAUGCUGACUAUGGCCUCCGCACUUGAUUGUGGUAUCCACAUAUCUAUUCAGCUGACAUGUGGAAAAUUUUCUUUUGAAGAUGGGAUUCCAGAACUUGUUAUUGACCUGUCUGGAUUUCAAUGUACUAUAGUCAGAUAUCCCACAGAGAUCGCAGAGUGCUCUGAUCUAUCUGAAGUCAGAAAUCUCCUGCUUUCUGUACAAUGCCUGUCUGAAGCAUCAUUGUCUCAUUGCAAAUUUGCUUUAUGUUUGAGAACUUCAGAGAAACCUUUAUCUGCAGCUCGUCAGAGAUAUGGACUUGAAGCUUCUACUUCAUGCGUGUUGGAGAAUCCCAUUAUGGAAAUGAAUACUAAAAGAUCCAGAGAUCAUUCGUAUCAUUGGUUAUCUGCAAAUGUUUCCCUUGGUGAAAUCAAUUUGGCUGAUUGUACAGUAAAGAAUAUGCUACUCAAAACACACAAAUCCGAUAAACUCAAUGCAUCUUUCUCUGUUGGGGAUCAAUUUCAGACAAUCUGGUGCCAGUCUAAGGGGGGAUCUACUUUCCUUCAAAUGGAAGCAGCAAUGAUGUUUGUUCAUUGCUUGACUCUAUAUUGUCAUCUAAUAGGAGAAAUUUGGCGUUAUGUGCCAUCUCCUGACAGAGUCAUUGCUGCUCAAUAUGGCGAGCCUAUGGUGGCCUCUAAUGAUAAGCCUGCACAAGAUUCUCAGCAACUUCAGAAAACCAAGUGGGACAAAUUGGAAGCAUUCAGCAUUAGUAUAUCAGAUUUUACUCUCGCACUUCUUGCUAGAGAUGAAUUUGGGAGAUUCCAGGAACUUCUAUUUGAAACUAAUGUCCAUUUGAGUGCUGAAGGGCCAAAAACACUAAAUAAAGUUUCUUUUGAGAUUUCCAAGUUUUCCAUCCUUUCUCAGUUCCUUCAUGAAGCUGCAGAACACCAAGCUACGGAAAUUCAAGUUCCUCAUUUUUCUGCUGUUGCAUGUGAUGAUAUUUCAUCAUCCAUUAUGCUUGGAGAUCCUUUAGUUAUCGAAGAGCAUGAGAAUACAGGACAAUCUGUCACUCAUGAUUCAAGUUUUAUGAGUACUUCUGCUUUUCAACAUGAACCUUUUGCUGAUAAUUUGCCAGAUUUAUGUGAUAAUACAGGAUCCAAAAAUUUGCAUUCAAGUCCUCAAAGCUACAUACUGAAAGAGUUAUGUGCAGUAAUUGCAGUUGAGUGGCCUGUCAAAAGAGAUGGGACUGGUCCGCUGUACAUAAAUCAGCUUUGGGUUGGCAAGGGUUCUAUUUCAGGUUUUGAUAUGGUCCUCUCUCUAAGUCAGUUACGGAUGAUACUCUCUGUUGUUGAAUCUUUGUCUGGAGUUUAUAGUGAAGAGAAAAGUAGUAAUUCGACACAAAGACGUUGGUCCCUGAAACAAGAAUCUGAAGGAAGCUUCCGAGAAAAAAUUCCUGAUGGAUCAAUAGUCGCAAUUGAGGAUGUCUAUCAACACACAUAUAUUGCGGUUGAGGAAGCAGAAAGUGGAUACAACUUAGUUGGAAAAAUUCAUUAUUCGCUUGUGGGAGAGAGGGCUCUUUUCAGGGUGAAGCAUCAGAAUCCUGGGAGAUGGAAGCCACGAGCUCAAUCAUUUUCCUUGAUCUCAUUGUAUGCUAAAAAUGCCUCUGGGGAGCCAUUGAGAUUGAACGGUCGGCCAAGAUCGGAUUUUGUUGAUGUUUCAGGCACUACUGAUAGUUCAUGGGCCCUUUGGUCUAUGCUUCCUUAUGGAUCUCAGUCUGAUGAUGGCAAUUUUGAGUGGGAACAUUAUAGCAUUCCUGCUAAAAACACAAUUUACCUUGUGAACAAUAAGAAUAAUCGAUCAGUAGCUUUCAUUGAUGGAGUUCUUGAAUUUGUCAGCAAGCCUGGGAAUCCCUUUAAGUGCAAAGUGUUUUCGGACUUGCUUCCAUUUGGUAAUAAUCUGUUCCAGGAAAGCUGUUCAGUGGGUGCGCCUGGUACUGUUCUUGAAUAUGGUUCAAAAAUAAAUGAUGACAGAGAGUUGAAGAGUGCUGGAAAGUUGCAGGAGAUUACAAUUGUAAUAGACAAGGCUACAUUGACAGUAGUUCAUGAACUCUCAGAUACUGUGGAAAAGUUUCCACUCCUCCAAGGAUCUUUAAGUCCCACUGAAAUCAUUGUGCAGAUGUCAAACACCAAAGUUAGGUUUAUGAGCAGCCUAGAGAUUAUGCUGCAUCACUUUGAUGCCCAGAGAAACAUAUGGAGAGAACUAGUGAAUCCACUUGAAAUUUGCCUCUUCUUCCGUUAUCGGUUUCUAAUUCAGGGUUCAGAAAAUGUUUUGUCUGGGGUGCCUGGUCAUUUGUAUAUCAGAAUUAAAGAAUUAAAUAUAUCAAUAAGUGAGCUAUCACUGGACGUCCUUCUGUUUGUCAUUGGAAAUCUAAAGCUGGCUGGUCCUUUUGCUGUAAGAAGUUCCAUGAUUUUAGCCAAUUGCUGCAAGGUUGAGAACAAGUCGGGCUUGACCCUUCUAUGUCAGUUCUUUGAUAACCAGAAUGUUUUAGUAGCUGGAAGACAAUCCAGCACCAUUUUUCUUAGGCACUUAGCUUUAGCAAAUCGACCUCCUGAGGCAUCUUUCUUCUCAAUCCAGCUUGCAGACAAAGGAACCUUUGCUACUUCUUUGAUGCAUCUUUCACUUUCAGAAGCUAGGGCUUUUGCUUGGAGAACACGCAUAGUGUCAUCUCAUGAAUCAAAGACUUCUCCAGGUCCAUUUAUCGUUGUUGAAGUUUCACAAACGACUGAGGAUGGUUUGUCAAUCAUCGUUUCUCCUUUAUUGAGGAUACACAAUGAAACUGAUUUCUCAAUGGAGCUCCGUUUUCGACGACCAAAAGAAGAGGAAAAUGAGUUUGCUUCUUUAAUUCUAGAUGCUGGGGAUUCUGUUGAUGAUUCUAUGGCUACUUUCAGUGGAGUUAGUUUGUCAGGUGGUCCGAAGAAGGCAUUGAUGUCCUUAACUGUUGGAAAUUUUUUAUUCUCUUUUAGACCUCAAGUAACAGAUGACUUGCUGAAUUUCAAGUUAUCUUCAGUGGAGUGGUCUAAUGAUCUUAGAGGUGGGAAGCCUGUGCCCUUGUCUGGGCUAUUUGAGAAAUUAAGUUACCAAGUCCGGACAGCAUUUGCUGUCGAAUCAGUGAAAAGUACUUUAGGAACCGCACGUUGUGCUUUUAGAUCAGAGGGUGGACAUGUUGCUAAUAUCUAUUUUUUGAUCCAAAGUGUUGCAAGAGAUGUACCCAUUAUCCAGCCUGACAAUUUAGGAUAUUCUCCAGGCAAUAGGAAUGUGCCUAUUGCUUUGCAAGAGCAGAAGGAAAUCUUUCUCCUUCCUACUGUUCAUGUCUCUAAUUUGUUAGAGACAGAGAUACACGUACAUCUGACUGAUGCAGACAUACGGGCGAAGGUCGAUUAUGACAACAUAUGCUCUCAGGCUACUAUACCAUGUGGAUCAGCUGUAAAUUUAUAUGCCAACCCUGCUAAUAUAUUCUUUACUGUUACUUUGACUUCAUUCGGUUCAAGCUGCAAACCAGUCAAUGGUAACAGGUGGGUUAAAAAGUUACGAAAGUCUAACACUAAUGCCCAUCAAUUGGACGUUGAGUUGGAUUUUGGUGGCGGAAAAUAUUUUGCAUUCUUAAGAUUGUCUCGGGGGCAAAGAGGCAUAUUGGAGGCUGCUGUCUACACUUCAUAUACAUUAGGAAAUGAUACCCAAUUUUCCCUGUAUUGCUUUGCAGGCAACCUUAAGCCUCUGUCUAGAGAUGAAGUUAAACAACUUGGCUCAGGAUUUCCUCCAGAGCUAGGAGCAUAUUUGCCCCCAAACUCGAGAAGAUCAUGGUUUAUGAAACACCACAAGCUGCGAAUUAAAUUGGACAACGAGCAAGCAUCAGAAGCACUUCUGAACUUGGAUGCUUUGUCAGGCCUUACAGAGAUAGACCUGGAAGUUGAAGAAAAUUCUGGAAUUAAAAAUGUUACAAGAUUGGGGAUCUCUUUAAACCCAUCUUUGAAUAAAAUAGUCCCGUCACAGUUGGUAUCUAUGAGUCCCCGACACAUUGUGUUGAACGAAUCACAAGAAUUCAUCCACGUUCGUCAAUGUUAUCUGGAGGAUGACAUGCAAGGGAUAAUUACGAUUAACAGUAAACACAGAGCAGCCUUAACAUUGCAGAAGAGACCAAGAAGAAAGGGUGAAACUACUAUAUUUGAGAAUCUUCUCAGAAAGCAUUCAAAAACUCUUGAUGAUUCACUCCUGUUUAUUCAGUUCCGGCCAAAUGAUGCCAGCUUUGGUUGGUCAGGACCAGUGUGUGUUGCUUCCCUUGGCCAAUUUUUUCUGAAAUUCAGGCGCUUCUCAGAAUAUCCUGCAAGGAAUUCAGAUUACAUGACAUCACACGAACCCAGCUCAUUUAAAUUCGCAGCUGUGCAUGUGGUAGAAGAAGAUUCCGCCCUUGUCUUGCACUUUCACAGCCCACCCAAUGCAGACCUUCCUUAUAGGAUUGAGAACUGCUUGCACGAUACUUCUAUAACAUACUAUCAAAAGGGUUCAUUGGAGCUUGAAACUUUAAGAUCUGGAUGCUGUGUAGACUAUGCCUGGGAUGAUCUAUCUCUUCCUCAUAAGCUGGUUGUCCAAAUAGACGAUGUGCAUCUAUUGAAGGAAAUCAGUAUGGAUAAAGUGCGUGCAUGGAAACCCUUUUACAGAGCGAAACAACAAAUGAGGAUGGGGAUUCAAUUUCUGCUGGAUAUGAAGCCUGGAGAGAAGAACAGGAACAAUGAUGGUCAAUUGAUCAACACAAGGACAGUGAAGUUGGGUUAUGAAGUAUAUGCAGAAGGCCUUACCCGAGUUCUGAGAAUAUGUGAAUUUUCUGAUGGGCAUAAGGGCAAUAAUAUGUUCUACUCCAGCUCAAAGAUGCGACUCAGAAUCUCUCAUUUUGCAUUUCAGUUGCUGGAGUAUACCGAUAAGAGUAUUAGUUUGGGAAACCAACUUUUUUCUUCUCACACCCCUCCCCACACCCUUCCCAUCCCCAACUGCAAGGCACAAGAUUCGAACCCUGAACUUAACAGCAGGGAAGGCUCUAAGAGCCCUCCCCUGGCCAUUGGGCCGAUCCUAGUAGUUUUUUUGGGAAACCAACUUGAUUGCUACCUAAUGAUAAUUUUCAUCCAAUUUGAAAUUGUUGAAAUAGGUACAUUCAAACUCAUCAGUAAGUGCAUUGAUAAAAAAGGGUUCUCUGGAACAAAGCGCUACUUUGGUGAUCUAGGGAAAACAUUAAAAGUAGCUGGAUCAAAUAUACUAUUCGCCGCCGUGACAGAAGUAUCAGACUCGGUUUUGAAGGGUGCUGAAACAAGUGGUUUCAAUGGAAUGAUGCGUGGGUUUCGCCAAGGAAUUUUAAAGUUGGCAAUGGAGCCAUCUCUGUUAGGGACUGCUUUUAUGGAAGGUGGGCCAGAUAGGAAAAUUAAGCUUGAUCGAGCUCCUGGGGUUGACGAGUUAUACAUUGAAGGCUACUUGCAAGCUCUGUUGGAUGCUUUAUAUAAUCAAGAAUACCUCAGAGUGAGAGUUACGGACAAUCAGGUCAUUCUGAAGAACCUGCCUCCUAAUAGUUCUCUUAUAAAUGAAAUUGUCGAACGUGUGAAAGGCUUUCUUGUGAGCAAAGGAUUGUUGAAGGGAGAUUCUUCAACAACUUCUCAUUCUUUGCGGCAUAUUCGAGGGGAGAGUGAAUGGAGAAUUGGACCAACUGUGCUCACUCUGUGUGAACACCUUUUUGUGAGCUUUGCAAUUCGUUUUCUGCGAAAGCAAGCUGGAAAAGUCAUUUCCAGGGUAAAUGUGAAAGAGAAGUUGGAAUCUGAUACUGAGAAAGCCAUUGUCCCUAUUUCGACUGUUGUGGAGCAGAAGGUGAAGCUUGUUUGGCAAUGGGGAAUCGGGAAGUUUGUACUGUCAGGUAUUGUGGCUUAUAUUGAUGGACGCCUAUGCCGUUCCAUUCCAAAUCCCAUCGCAAGAAGGGUGGUUAGUGGGUUUUUAUUGAGUUUUCUUGACAAAGAAGAAAAAGAAUAAAACGUGUCUUUUUAUUCUUCUAAGUUCUACUUAUUUCUUUCUGACUGUAAAUUGGUUGUUGAUAAAAAUCAUUCAGGGUUUUUCUGGCAUAACCCCCUUAGCUGUAGUUAUUACUGACACUAGGUUGCUUGGUAAAUCAUUUUGGCAGUGCUCAUUUUCCUUUAUUAAUAGGGAAAGGAAACUUGGUCAUCAUGGUUUGGCCAAGUUGGCCAUUAGCCUCUUGAAUGAGAUCAAUCAAGUGUAAGGACUGCUUUGUGUGGCUAAAUGAAGCUGCAUGCUAAAAUUAUCAACUGCCGCUCUUUUGUAAGGUGGCGUACGUCCUUGCAACUACUUUUGACCCUAUAUAUACAAAGGUGGCUAUUGACGAAAAAAA